GGUGGGAAGUAUGCGAAAUUGGAAAACAGCCACGCAAAAGAUACAUCAACGUUGACGUGGGUAUUGAUCUAAGCAUCACGAGCAGCUAAGGACCAGAGAUGACAUUGAACAUCAGCGAGAGACUCGACUCUGUGUAUUCAGCUCACCAGAAGCCACAGAGCUUACAAUUCCAGUACGGGACAGCCGGGUUCCGUACCAAGGCAAACACGUUGGACUCGGUGGUAUUCGUUGUUGGUAUUCUUGCCUCGUUACGUUCAAAGUACUUGGAUGGCCAGACGAUUGGAGUGAUGAUCACUGCGUCGCACAAUCCUCCAGAGGACAAUGGUGUGAAGCUGGUGGACCCCCAAGGUGAGAUGCUGGAGCAGUCUUGGGAGCAGUUUGCCACGGUGUUGGCAAACGUCUCCACUCAACAUGAGCUCGUCGUUGAGUUGAACAGGAUCAUAUCACAGUUGAACAUUGACCUCAAGGUGAAGUCCAGGGUCAUCGUUGCAAGGGACUCGAGAGACUCGGGGCCUCAAUUGGUCCAGUCAACGAUUGAUGGGUUGGAGGUUCUUGACACUGAAUACCAGGACUUUAAGAUGCUGACGACUCCACAGUUGCACUACUUGGUGAGAGCAAUAAACACCUUGGACUCACCAGUGAGUUAUGGUGAGCCUUCAGAGUCCGGGUAUUACAAAAAGCUGGCGACUGCUUUCAAGCAGUUGGUUUCAACCCCAAUUUCCAUAACCGUCGACGCUGCUAACGGUAUAGGUGGGCCAAAAUUGAUUGCAUUGGCAAAUCAUCUCGAAGGGUUGUUAUCCGUCACGGUGGUGAACAACGAGUACAUCAACCCAAAUGCUCUAAAUGUAAACUCAGGGGCUGACUUCGUAAAGACAAAUCAGAAAUUACCGCAGGGAAUUUCACCAAAACCGUUUGACCUUUAUGCCUCUUUCGAUGGUGAUGCGGAUAGAGUGGUGUUCUACUAUUCGGACGAUGACGGCGUUUUCCAUUUGUUAGAUGGAGACAAGAUCUCUACCUUGUUGGCUGCUUUCAUCAGCGAUAUAGUCAAGAAAUCAGGUAUAGAGGCACAUAUUGGUGUUGUUCAAACGGCAUACGCCAACGGGUCAUCAACUGAUUUCCUCAAGGAAAAGCUGCAAUUACCAGUGGUUUGCACACCAACAGGUGUUAAGCAUUUACACCAUGAAGCUGCCAAGUUCGACGUUGGUGUGUACUUUGAAGCCAAUGGCCAUGGUACUGUUCUCUUUGCAGAUUCGUUCAUAGAAACGUUGAAGUCAACAGAACCUUCAACACCUGAUGAGCAGCGUGCAUUGGAACAGCUGAUCCAGUUGUCCAAUUUGAUCAACCAAACCGUUGGUGAUGCAAUCAGCGAUUUGCUUGCGGUCUUAGUUGUCUUGACCAUCAAACAAUGGGAUCCUUCAAGCUGGGAUGCUUCUUAUACCGAUUUGCCAAACAAAUUGGCUAAAGUCAUCGUUCCAGAUAGAAACAUAUUCAAGACGACUGAUGCUGAGAGAAGAUUAACAUCACCAAGUGGACUCCAAGAUAAAAUCGAUGCCUCUGUUAAGAAAUACACAAGAGGAAGAUCCUUCGUUAGAGCAAGUGGUACUGAAGAUGCUGUUAGAGUGUAUGCCGAAGCAGGUACAAGAACAGAAGCUGAUGAGCUAUCACAAGAAGUCGUUGGCUUGGUCAAAGAUUCUGUUCGUUAAGUUAACAUUACAAUGAUCUCUUUAUUGAGACAAUGGGAGCAAACAGUAUUCUUAAAAAAAUAGGGUAUCAUUUCACUCGUUUUAUACAAAUUUGUUAUUCUUUGGUUUCCAACCUUAUGAAUCGCCGUUCAUCCUUUGCAAUGUCUUGACA